UGAUUGUUGAAAAUUAUUCGUACUAAUAUAGAAUGAUUAAAUUCUUUGUAAUUAUUUUUUUACACGGAUAAAGGUAUAUUUUAGAGAGUCAUGUAUUAUAUGAAAAGUAACAAAGUUGAGAAACAAUAUUUCAAUUUUAAAACGUAAACUCGUGCAGUUGUUACAUCGCACGGUAAAAGGAUUCUGAUUUUUGGUAAUGCUAAAAGAAUCAAAGGAAAGGCUUUAGUAACAUGAAACCGCCUUCUGAUACUUUUAUUUGUCCCAGAAGAAGUAUCUCCUUUUGCCCACGUAACCUGGAAAGUAAAACACAAAUCAAAACCAUUUACCCUCAACAGUUUAAAAUUUACAAUGUGUGCAGUCCAUGUGUUUUGCAACCCAAGGAAGCAAAGUUGCUUCAAAAAUUAUUAAAAUCGAGAGCUGUUUACGAUGACACGAGGCAUCAAGUUUGUGAAAGUCUAACUAGUAUUGAUGGUAAAUGUGGGAAGAGUCUGUCACCAUGUGAAGCUCAAAAAAUUAAAGCUAUCGUCCAGUUCAUUAACACUGUCGACAAAGGCGCCGCUCUGCUCCCCGUGAAGGACCGUAAACAAACUACUUGUUGCAAUGAAAAAUCAUCAUGCACACGGCCGUGCUCUCGAGAAAGGUCCGUUCAGGCUCAGGAGCCAUGCGCGGAGGUCACUCCAGAAAAGCCUCGGAAGCAGACGAAUGUAUUCAUAAAGCGAGUGGUCAAGAAAUGUUGUAAUCGUACUACGUGCGUUCAAGUUGAAGCAAUAGAAAGUGUUGACGAUGAUAGUCGUAGUGCUAAAGGUAAAAGUUCCUGUGAUACUGUAAUGAAAUGUUUCCCCCUUGAAAAAAACCUAUUAAAUAGUUUGCCCAAAGAAUGUCGCAAAGUUGUGAAAAGCUGUACGAAGCUAGAUUGUUCGAAAGGUAAUGAUAUAAAAAUGCCGUGCAUUGCAAGAUGUUGUAUCAAGAAAAAAAUUUGUGAUGAUAAACCCCUCGUUCAAGUCAAGAGUAGCAAGAAUAUUGGAUGUCAAAAGGAGACCACCUGCAGAAAGGCUUCACAAGCUAAAAUUUCUUUGUUUAAAAAGGGAACACGUACCGAUCCUUAUCCAAAAGGAGGUUGUUGCGCUAAAGUCAAAGCUAAACUAAAACCGAAGCCCUGCAUCAGUGCCCGGUCUUUGAAUUCAAUUAUUAAAAGUAGAGAAAAAUUAUGCGGGAAACAAUGUCCGAAAAAGAUAAUUUUAAAGAAAUGCGACGUAUGCAAAUGUAAUAAAAAAACUCAAACUAAAAAAGUGGCAAAGAAAGAUGUGAAACAAAACGCAAAAGGAAAAAGUGCUAAGAAAAAUGCGAGUUGUAUAAAAUUGAACGUUGAAGAUAAGAAGAAGGAUAAUACAACAGCUAUUGUGUGUGUUAAGAUGUUUAAAGAUGAAAGGCAACCAAAUUGUAUUCGCACAAAAAGCGAAACUUUUAGAUUCGGUACGUAUGUUGAUAAAUCUCGCCCACCGUGUCCUGUAGCUGUUUACAAAUGCAGAAAAAAUAAUACCAAACCGAAAUGUCGCUCGCAAUCUUGCAACACACUUGAUUUUAAUCAAUACAUGUGUGUACCCGCAAAAGUAAAGAAACCCAAAAAGUCAAAGUGUCCUGGAGAAAAAAGUGGAACUUGUCCCGCCAAACAGAAACAGGAGUGCCCCGCGAAACAGAAACCUGAGUGUCCACCAAAAGAAAAACCUGAUAAGAAAUGUUGUACAGCUAAAAAACACGAACCUUGUCCAGCAAAACCACCAAAAUGCCAAGUCGUUCGGAUCGGUUCUAAUUUCAGUUUCCACAUAGAAUUUUAUAAAAACAGAACAAAAGAACGACGGCCUGCGAAAGGCGAUAAGAAAGGUUGCAAGAACAAAGGGUCCUCCACUAAAUGUGAGCCGCCUGCAUGUAAAACAAAUAAGGUGAAAACUGUAGCCACUGCAACUAAGCCGAUGUGUUGUUCAGUAUGUUACUGUAUAAAAAAAUUUCCCCAGAAGAGUAAGCCUAAGCCGGUGAAACCUGCCGCGCCAAGUUUUAAGCCGGCGUCUUGCUCAGUUUGUUAUUGUAUAAAACCAAAUCCUGGCAAGCGUAAGCCUAAAUCAAGCUGCUUGAAUCCCAAACCAACGUGCUGCUCAGUAAGUUAUAGUGUUAAAGCGAAUCCUCGAAGGUGGAGAUCCAAACCUGCCUGCCCCAAUUACGAAAAAAGUUCAACUGUAUGUCUUAAUUAUUCUGAUAAUUGUCUGAAAGCGUUUUCUCAAGAGAAUAUUGUAAAUAAUUGUUGUUAUGAAAAAAACAUUAAAUAUCAAUGCAGAGUUUUACAGGCAUAUACACUUAAAAAUAUAUUCAAAAGAAAUAAACAUAAUCAAAUAGCUAAAGACUUCGUUAGGAAAUACAUCGACAAGGAUAUUGAGCCAGUGUUGCUACAAAAAAAUAGUCGUGUUGACACUAGCUGUUCAGUUUGCUCACCAAAGCCAAAGACAUUUUUUCGGAAGGUGUGCUGGCCGUUUUUUCAAAUAGUGGAGCCUCUUAACUUACCCAUAGUUAACAGGCUUUGUCAGUUUUGUCUGCAGCUUUACUUCUGCUUUACAAUACAGAUGUAUAGCCUUGCUAGUAAAUUUUGCCAAAUACAACAAUGCCUCGACUCUGAUCUAAAAGUUACAAUAAAACAAACGAAAAACGUUAUUUUUGAAACAGCUUUAAAUAUUUUAGACAUUUUCAUUUUGACCUUUAUUAAUUAUUAAUUCAAAUAUCUGUCUUAUGUGAUUCACGAAAUCUCCAAGUUUACUCUUUAUUACCUAUCGUAAAAGUAUCUCGCGAUAUUGUCAAUUAAAUAUCACAAUUUAGUGUAGGUUUAUAUUUCGUAUUAAAAUUGUUUCUUAAUUAUAAUUCUGGUAAUCA